AUGGCAACAGGGGCCGUCUCCGCAGAUGCAGCCGUUGUGGAAGUUCUUAAUGGCCGUAACUAUCUGGAUUGGAGUGUAUUGGUUAAAACUUAUUUGUUGGCUCAAGACCUUUGGGAUGUAGUGGAAGAAGACGAAGAAGAAGCUGAUGAUAAGUUCAAAGCUUGGAGGAAGAAGAAUGCCACGGCUUUACAUACAAUCCAAAUUUCAUGCGGGCGGGAUACUUUUUCCCUCAUUAGGGAUACCACUUCAGCCAAACGCGCUUGGGAUACUUUGGCAGAAAAGUUCAAGCAAAAACCAUUUCUUCCAAGUAAGUCCCCAGUUCAAAUCUUGAACCUCAUCAAACAACCCCCGGGAUGUGACAAGAGUCUGUAUAAGCCGUUGUUCGAUGCUGUAUCGCGUGGGGAUUGGAAUGAAGCAAAGGAGUUUCUUACCCUACAUCCCGAUGCAAUAAGAGCAAGACAUUCGUACUCCAACAAGACAGCUCUUUGCAUGGCAACAGAUCUAGAGCACGAGCAUAUUGUGGAAGAGUUGGUGCAGUUGAUGUCAGAGGAAGACUUGGAAAUAACAGAUAAUAAUGGUCGGACAGUCCUUGCUCUUGCUGCAAGUAGAGGAAAUAUAAAAAUGGUUGAAUGCAUGGUUAGAAAGAGCAAGAAAAUACUUAGUAUUGCCAUUAACCAGAAUUUGACUCCAAUUGUACUGGCUGCUAGCAAUGAGCGAUGA